CAUACUGGAUUGCAGAAAAAUAAAACAAGUUAUAAAAAACCAUCCGCAAAUGUUUUCUAGUGCAGCUCUCCGCGUUUAAUUAAACGUAAUUUUCCCAAUUAACGACCAGGUUCGUGAUCGUUUUGGAAUGCUGAAUGUGUUUCGCCAGCAGCAUAAUCGAAGCGCACAGGAAGUUAUUUAUAGCGCCGCCGGAUUUGGAGCACCCCAAUCCAGCCACGCCCACGAUUUCGAACAAAAUCAAGAUGUCAAGGGGGAAAUCCCGCCUGCAAACGGAAGUUUGUGGCGACUGUGGAGCUGGUGAUCCAUCCUGGGCGAGCAUCAACCGGGGAAUCCUGCUCUGCGCCGAUUGCUGUUCCGUGCAUCGAAGUCUCGGGAGGCACAUAUCGAUUGUGAAGUCCCUUCGCCAGGGAAACUGGGAGCCAUCGGUCCUGAACUUUGUCAACUCCCUAAAUGCGCAUGGAGCAAAUAGCGUGUGGGAGCACCAUCUGCUGGAUGGAAGUAGUGGCUCUACGGGAGGAAAACAUCUGCCCCGAUGGCGGAAACCCACUCCCAAAGAUGCCCUGCAUCCUACCAAAUCCGAUUUCAUCAAGGCCAAGCACGUCAAUCUUACAUUUGUACUAAAGCCAAGCCUGCAGGACGAUGAUGAUGGCAAUGGAUCCGUGGGCAGUCUGGAACAGGAGCUGAGUAGGCAACUACAUGCCAGUGUACGUACAAGCAACCUGGAGACUUCUCUACGUUUUCUGGUCCAGGGAGCUGAUCCGAAUUACUAUCACGAGGACAAGCUAUCCACGCCACUCCACAUGGCUGCUAAGUUUGGACAGGCCUCGCAAAUCGAGAUGCUGCUGAUCUAUGGAGCCGAUGUCAACGCUUUAGAUGGCAAUGGGAUGACACCGCUGGAACUGGCCAGGGCCAACAAUCACAACACCAUCGCUGAAAGACUGCUAGAGGCCAUGUACGAUGUGACCGACAGGAUCAUAAUGUUCCUGGGAGGCAAGAAGCCAGAUCAUGCGAGUGGUCGCCAUAUGAUAAUACCGGAUGCCAAUGGAGCUGACAUAAGCGAGCAGCUGAAGAUUGCCCGUGGAAAACUGCAACUCGUGCCAAAUAAGAUGUUCGAGGAGCUGGUCAUGGACCUUUACGACGAGGUGGACAGACGGGAAUGCGAAGCCAUCUGGUCGACUAGCACUCUGAAUGCUGAUCAUGCAACUGUGCCAUUUUUGCCGGCUAAUCCAUUUUUGAGCGCCACGCGCAAUCAGGGUCGCCAGAAAUUGGCACGCUUUAAUCGUGCCGAGUUCACCGGUCUCUUGACCGAUGUGCUCGUCGACGCUAUGAGGCGGCAAAACAUGGCCAACCUGCGUCCGCUGGAUGCCCCACUGCCCGGUCACCAGUCGCUGCAAUCUCUGCCGUAUGCGAACAACUCGAUGCUGAUCGGCUCAUUCGAGCAGGGUGGGCAUGAUCCGAAUCUGUCGGAUGAUGAGCCCAUCUAUGAUCCGGUGGCCAGCGACGAUGAUUAUGCGCCCGUGCCGCCGAUGGCCCAGCAGGCCAUUGUGCAUACGCCACCGCGAAGCGCUAAUUCGAACAACGAAAUGGAAACGCUGCGCAAGCAGCUCAGCGAUUACAAGUCGGAGAUCAAUCAGCUGAAGAACGUGGUGCAGAUGCUGUCCAGCGAGAACUCGCAGCUCAAGUCCAAGUUCUCGAGCGCCUCCAACAACAGCGUCUACGAUGAGCCACUCCGAAUUGAUCUGAGCUUAAGCAGUCCGGAUACGGAGCACGAGCCCCUUUCUCUGCCUGAGGGUGGAACUGGCAACGCGGAGAGUGGUUCUUCCAAUGACUCCUCCAACCAGUCGACCAUCAAGCGACCGGCCAGCAUGUACGAGCGUCGGCUGGUUCCCAACGUGGCCAAGGGUCACACGGAUAUCCGGAAUACGACCAGCAUGUACCAAAUGGCUGGCGAUGGCAAGCCUUUCGGUGAGGAGGUCAAGGUGCGCUCUGAUUUGGUUACUCGUUGCCUAAAGGAGCUCAUUCGAGCCAUGCAGCCGGUGCCGGAGGAUCAGAAGCAAUCCAUUGCCCCACAUGGAGAGCUAAUUCGUAACGCCGUGACUGAUUUAAUAGCUCUUUAUGCUAAUUUGCCACCGAAUGCCAGCGAGUUGACGCGUGAGACUCUCAAGCUGCUGACCCGCCAGAACAUUCUCAUCCAGCACGAGUGCGAGAGUCUGCAGAAGGCCAUCGAGGCGGAUGACAAGCAGGCCAUACAGAAAAACACCUUGGAGGUGCGCGACUGCGCCUUCCACAUUGCCAGUGCCAUAAAGACCUUGGUGUUGCAGUUCUACUGAGGCGGCAAGAACACAGUCGACUUAGAAGUUUAACUCAACCAUAUUGAAGUAUUAACCAAUCAACCAACCAACUUUAGUGCCCCGCUGACUAACAAACGUGCUUCCGCCAAAUAAAUUAAAGAAUCCCCUCUUACAUAUAGUUUAUGUAUUUAAUAAAUGUUUACAUAAAUCAAUGUACUUCGUUCAGUA